AUGGCUGAUUCAAACGAAUUGAUUAAACAUAAGGUGGUUGGAGCAAUUGCCACCAUUUUAUCAAUCUAUGGUAUUUUCUUUCUUCACCCCUUCCAUGCUGGACAUUUCACUCCCUUCUCUAUGAACCAUGUGGUUUACAUUGUCUAUUGGGUACUCUUUUUCCUUAACCAAGUGGGAUUCUUGGUGUUUGCUAACGAAGCCAAUUCUUAUGUUCUGACUCACUUGAUAAGUUUUGGUAUUUUGAACUUUAUUUGGAGUUACUUUUACAGCGGCCAUCAUUAUAUCGUAUCAGAAAUCAUCCUUUUGAUUAGUUUGGUCAAUUCCUUGGUAUACUAUUUCUCCGUCAACAAAUAUGAAGAUAAAGUAAGCUUGGAAGGUUAUCUGGUAAGAUUUGCUAUCAGUUGGUUAUUCUAUGCUGUUUUCUGGAAUGGUAGUUCUAUCUGGGGUCACUUCAAUGACAGAUUGUGGUUUAGAAUCCUUUGCAAUAUCACCAUUUGGGACUUUUUGAUCAUCCCUGGUUUGUUUAUCUUGCUUUUGAAUGACUAUUUGGUGGGCACUGAUACUUGUAUCUUGGUAUUUGGUAUCGCUUUGAAACAGUUGACUCACAAGGUAUUUGCCUUGCAAUGGAUCUUUGCCUUUGUUGUUUUGGGGUUGUUGGCUCUCUUAACAGUUGCUAGCAUUGCUGGGUUGUUCCGUAGUUCUUCCACACUUAUUGUUGAAGUCGAUGAAGAACAAAGACCUUUGGUAACUUAA